AAACUCGGAUAUUAAGUGACUGAAAUUUCAUUGGCUACCUUUACGUCAUUCUGCCUCAUUCUGCGUCAUUAACUUUGCAAUUUUAGUUACAACCAGCUUUCCAACUUCAUUUGCAACCAGGCUUCCAACUAGAGUUGCAACUAACUUUCCAACUUUACUUGCAACCAGGUACCCAAUUUUAUUUGCAACCAGGAUUUCAACUUUACAACUAGGUUUCCAACCAUAGUUGCAACUAGGUCCCAACUUCAUUCAUCUCAAGCAUCAUCCUGGUCCACAAGACACCUUCCACAGCGCCUCAGUGAAAUUUGUUCUGUCAGGACCAAGACGCGCGUGGGCAUCAGUCCCAUCUCUACACCCUGCUCCAGGUUCUCCUGCGUCUUGGUUGGACUCCCAUUGGCUGGUUCCAUCGGACUCUGUUGCACUGUCGGCCAGGAGCGAGGCAGUCAGCGCACAGCAUCCAGCAGCAGCGCUACUAGCGGCAGCCGAACGGAAAGACUCCCAGGCAAGUCGUGGCCGGUUUACCUGUGUACUCGCAUGCGUGUGGACCAUGCGUGUGCCUCGGCUGCGUGGGUGUGCGUCGAGGUAGCCUACCUGGCGGCGUCCAACACGCAGUAAACCGCGCGCUCUUUCGUAUCCACGAUCCCGAAAGAGACGUGUGCCUUCGCCGAUUCCACAGUGUUUUUACUGGCCGUUUCGCUCCUCCAGUUUCUUGUUCCCACUGGCACACGUCGAAACGCGAGAGAGACCGGGAACAGAGGAAAAGGAAAAUAGUGCUUCGCAGUGCGAUCCUAUUCGCGUGGCCCAGCAGCUUCGAUCCGAGAUCGUGUUCGAUCCGCAGUGCGUUCCGGAUCCCAGUGUCGUCAGUGUCGAAUCCGUGUAUGUGUGCUUACGUGGGUGCUCUCGGUUGGAUUCACGAUCGAGCGACAGCGAGGCGAGUCCACACGUUGAGGUCAGCAACUCGAUGUAGCCGGUCCUGGUAUCACGACGAAUGCUUCCGCCAGCGAUCGUUGGCCAAGUUCGGGAAUCACGGGCGGAGAUGCGACCGCGGACCAACGGCGCAGAGUAAACGCGUGUUCGGGAAGUGUUCUCGGCCGGCGUCCACCUGGUGUCUUUGGUAUGCCGACGGAUAUCGUGGCGUCGUCGGCCUCGGCCUCGGCCACGGUCUCGGAAGAGCCGAGCAGGGGUCGGGACCCGAGCCUUGGAUCAUCGUCAAGGUCAGCAUCCUCUUCGGCAGGUGCGUCAUCCUCAGGAUCCGCGACACAAUCAACCUCCAGAGGCUUCGACCCGUCUAGCGCCCUGGCUGCUUAUCACCACCAUCGACAUGGCCUGGUGGCGGGUCUGGGUCACCCUCAUCACCGCGAGUCGUCCGCGUUCGUACCGGUCGUACCGUCCAGGUUGCACCUGGCGCCUUACCCUGGCGACAUGCAUCCCCAUUUGACUGGUCCGCCACCAUCUUCAUCCACGACGUCCAGCUCGGACCAUGAAGUGGGUGCAGAGCCUUCGGUCGCUAGAAAGUCCUCGUCCAGUUACGAGAUCAUGGCUAUGAUGGCAGAUAAGAGGAAGGAGCUGGCUGCCAGAGCUCUUCUCCUCCCUCCGCCGCCCCUUUUAGAACCACCCCCAGGGUAUCCCGUGUUUGCCGGACCCUUUCCCGCUGGCUCAGCAUUAUAUCCACCCGGUGGCCCAUUAGCCCAUCAGCAUCUGGACAGAAGGUUGCUAAGAGCGCCCGGCAGAGCAUCCAGACCUAAGAAGCAGUUCAUUUGCAAGUUCUGCAAUAGGCAGUUCACGAAAUCUUAUAAUUUGUUGAUACACGAGAGAACCCACACAGACGAACGGCCCUACUCAUGCGACAUCUGCGGCAAAGCGUUCAGAAGGCAGGAUCACCUUCGGGAUCAUAGGUAUAUCCACAGUAAAGAGAAGCCCUUCAAAUGCGGCGAGUGCGGGAAGGGCUUCUGUCAGAGCCGCACCCUAGCGGUGCACAAGAUCCUGCAUAUGGAAGAGUCUCCGCAUAAAUGUCCAGUCUGCGCCCGAAGCUUUAACCAGCGCAGUAACUUGAAAACCCACCUCCUCACUCACACGGAUCACAAGCCGUACGAGUGCACCUCCUGCGGCAAGGUGUUCCGCCGAAACUGCGACCUCAGGAGGCACGCGUUGACCCACGCGGUGGGUGACGUUCCACCCGAGGCCUUAGAGGAAGCCCUCAGGGACGACGAUAGUCCCGAGGAGGACUGUCCAGAGCCAGGAUCAUCGACACCGACGUCGAUGUCCACGAAUUCUGCCUUGCCAGCUGCAUCCACCACUUCUUAUCCCCCUCAAGGAUCUUCGGGUCCACCGCAGCCACCCCCAGCAUCCACGUCCUCUCUUCCCCAGAGACCUCAGCUUCAAAUCAGAAGAGACCUCUUGCCUACCACGAAACCGUCCACGGUGACAAGCGGAGGAAUCGGUCACACGGUUCCUCAGAACCCACCACCUGCGCAUCCACCACCGCCGCCGUUGAUUUUGACCUCGUACAGACGAAGAAUCGGGUCACCAGGUCCCUCGCGGGUGCUUCUCGAGCUACAGGAGCGCGAGAGAGAAAGAGAACGGGAGAUUGAGCAGAGCAGGGAAAGGGAACGCGACAGGGAACGGGAGGAAGAGGUGACGCGUCCACCCAGGGCGCCCACCCCUCAGCCACCACCUCCUCCUAGGCCUGCCCCUGCGAGACAGGGAUUCACCAUAGCGGAUAUAAUGCGCCGGUAGAAGGGAAGCGGAAACGGUGGAUGCCAAAUGAUCGUCUGUUGUGAACAUUGGUUGGCUGUUCGAGAAGGACUGGUUUAUUUGGAGUGAAACGUGUCAUGGGUAUCAUUUGGGUCGCUGAAGUGAUGGUUUCGGUGAAUUGGAUUUUUUGUAUUGCAUCGAAGAGCGGAAUCGAGAGUCUGAUCGAUGAGUAUAUUUAUAGGCUGAAGUUCGAAUAGUGUAGAUCCGUGGUUUUGAAUAUUGAGCUUGGAGGUUAUGUUGGUCAGGAGUAUGAUACUUGAGUUUAUUGGAAAUAUGGUAUAUGUACAAAUGAUUAGUAAAGUUACGAGGUUAUCGCAGUUUUUGUACUUUUGUAUUAUAUUUGUACUUCCUUCUUAACGGAGUUCGUGUUUAUUAAAGUGGAGAUUAUUGAUUUACUUCCUGAAUAAUUCACCUACCCAUUUGGAUUUGAAAUUUCAUGUUUGAAAUGUUUAUGUAGACGAAGAAUUUGUAUGAAAUGCGAGUAAGAAUUCGUGUAAAUAUUCGAAAAUAUAAGGGAGGAGGAAAAUUACUUGUGUACCUGGAGAAAUAUGUUUGUUAUGAUGUUACUGUAUUUAAAUAUGUAACAUUUCGAAUGUUAUCCAUUUAAUUAUCAUGACAUUAAUGCUCGUCUUUUACAAAAGUACUGAUGUAAGUCGUAAAUAACUUUCAGUUGUUUUAAAAGUAAAAUACUUCAAAUUACAUUAAUCUAUUGAAUGAUCUGUAUUUUUAUCGGUUAUGGGAAUUAUUUGAAGUUUAAGUUAAUUUUUGUAGUUUAUGUUGCAAGGUACACGAAAUCAAUCGUACGUAAAUAAUAUGUUAACUGAUCUCAUACUGUUCACUGUUCACAUGUUUUUUAAUCAAUUUUUUUUUACACCAGCAACUAUUGACAUCAGUAUUAAUUUUUGUUUAAGAAUAACAAAGAAAUUUUUUAAUAUUAUGUUAUUCAUCUUAUUUUGAUAUUAUACGAUUGUAAUUUUGUAAUAGAAUUGACAAAUUUACUACUAAUGACAAAAUUUCUAUUAUUUGACAAUCAUUGGUAUCAAGAGAGAUUAUUAAAUAAAUUUGAUUAUGUGAAAUGUUGAUACUAAUAUAAAACUAUAAAUAUCGUUAUGUAAAAUUUACUGUUGUUGACACCAUUCACGGGGAUUUACGCUAUUCAAAUUUCCAAGCUUUUAUAUUAGAACAUGGAUCAGACGGAAUUAUGUAACAAGAAAUAUCACGGUAUAGUAGAAAUAUUAUCACAAAAGUAGAGUAACACAAUUUUAUAACGAGUACAUUUAUAAAUAAUGUAAAAAUUACAUUUUUGAUUCUAUUACAACUUCGACCAGAAAGAAGUUGAAUAAUGAUAUUGUAAAUAGUAAUAUUAAUAUUACUAUUAUUAACUGUUAUAAUUCUGUACAAAGUUAGAAGUGGUAAUCACCAUAUGCAAUGUUAAGCUUUAUCACCUUUUUAUAUAAAAACCAAGUUUUUAGCUUUUCAUUAAGCAUGUGAUCUUUACGAAAAGAAAUUUAUAAAAACAAACAAGAAAACUAUUGUCUAUUACAGAAUAUCUUUUCACAUAAAUUCUUUGGUGCCCAUUAAUUUUGUUAUUCAUGGGCAUAUUAAUGUGCAAAUUAUAAGUCUAUAAAGACCAACAACAAACUUGGCAUGUUACUUUGUUUGUAUUUCGUUAUUGUUAAUUUACAAGAAUAUUUGUAUUAUUCCGUGGUGUAAACUAUAUUCUAAUUGGUAAUUGACGAUUCUGUGCAUAACGUCCACGAAAGAAGUAGAGCAAGUAAAAGCAGGUUGGAAGAGUACAAUAUAGAUAGUUAAAAACAUCGACAAUGAUGAAAAUGUAUUAGUGCCUUAAGAUGAUAUUUUUGUAUAUAAAAACGAAUAUUAUAAUUCAGUUAAUACUAGAAUAUUGAACUUUCAUAUCUAUAGCUGCCAGUGUGGCCAUAAUGAUUUUCCAUGGCUUGGAAUAUCGAUGAAAAUAUAUUCUUUAAUUUUUUACUACACUCGACUGUUCCAGUUACGACACAGAAAUGUAUAAACAAAAGUUAAGUGUUUCACUGGAUCGAGUUAUAAAUUACUUCCACUGGAAAAUGUGAAAAUUUAUGAAAUUACAAUCGAGUAACAAAAAUAAUAUAAUUUCAUAACCUAUAACAAAUUGAACAGUGACGAUUAUACACACACACCAAAAAGGUUUUUGUACCAUUAUUAAAAUCAAUUACAUUAAUUAUGAAGUAAUCCAUUUCUUUUUCAAUAGAUUGGUAACAAUAUAAUCAAAUUCGAAACACCUGCGUUAUUGUGCAUAGGUAUUUAAAAUGACAGUGUACUGAAAAACAAUUUUUUUUAAUUAAAUACUUAAUUUAGUUAAAGUCUAAACCAUUCUUUUUCGAAUUGGUCACGAAAGUAAUCAGGUUACCACGUAACUUAUGGUGCAAUUAUAACUCAUUAUUUCAAACAUCAAAAUUAUAAAUGGUACAAAACUCUUCUUGCCAUUUUUAUAUCAGACCAUUAUCAAUUGCAAAUCGUUUUCUGCGAAAACGACAGACACACCUUUUAUAACUAGACUGCAGAUGAUCAUGCGUUCAUAGCAUAUUUAAUUCUAAAAAAAUCAGUGCAAUACGUAUCACAAUAAAAUUCCAUACAAUUCUCACAAUAUUUAAGAACCUUGGAAUACCAUGAAGAAAACGAAACUAAAAAUGUCAUGAACAUCCACAGUUUAUUUAUAAAAAUUACAACAAUCCAAUCAUACUCGAGAGGGAAAGAAAGCUAGCAUUCUUCUCUAUUCUUUCCUCAAAAGAUCAUUGCAACUACGGUUGGGAGAUGACUUGGUGUCUAGCAGAACAGCGCAGCAGCAAUAAGUGUCUCUCUACUUCACAGUUUUAUAGUUUCAAUUGAUUAUGUGCAACCAAUCAACCAUAUUUAAUCUCACAGAUCACAUCUAUUUAAAGUUUAAAUUCAGUUUGAUGUCAUUUCUACCCCAAAAUCAUUCGCUUUACCGGACUCAUAAAUAGUAAAUUAUCAAUCUUAAACAUCAGGAAUUGGCGUAUAAAACCAACAAAAAACUAAACGAAAAAAAAAUGAAAAAUCAGCCGAAUUCCUCUGGCUAGCCAUCAAGUGGUCUCCCAGCAGUAUGCACCAGUACUCGUGACGAGAAGAGACUCACGAUGAUACGAGAGGUUCCUAACAGAAAAUCGAUUUUAAGAGCUCCCACAAAGAAAAAGAGGAAGUGAACGGUCCACAGAACACCUCCUUUGUCCAGAAUGUUUCUAGAAGGUAGCAAUGCAGAUUUCGUGGCCGGGGGAACAACCUGUACCGCCGGUGCUACGGUUGACAGGUGCAAUAGGGUGUCGAUGCUACUUGGUUUCGGUACCUGCUCCCUUCUAAAAAUACUCCCUGACCCUAGACGAGCAUCCCCCCUUCAUCUUCUUCUUUUUCCACUCUCCUGCUGGGGAAUCAUUACGAAUCCUUUUGUGACCCGAGACGCGCCUUCUAACCGCAACGCUGAUCCCCUCGGUUUUACUACCGGUCGAAGCGCAUCUUCUUUCGAAUGGAUUUCGAAAGGAGCGAAGGGCGAAGGCGGGGCAGCGGGGGAGGAGUUGUCUGUGGAAUUCGUUCGAUCCGCUCCUUCUGCGAUUUUACGCUGCACGCCGAGUGUAUCCACCCUCCGAGUGGAAUCCUGGUCUCCGAAAGGGAUUAUCUGUCGGAACACUUGGGUGAUAUCAUUCGUGACUAGGCUUACGAGAGUUCUAUUAUCGCCGGAAGUUGUGUCCCCUGAAGAACGGAGAUUCGGAGCGCGAGCGUGUCGAAGUAUUAUUUUGUUGCGAAUGACUUUGAGCUUGAGUUUGUCCGCGUGCCGAAAUUAUUUGCAAUUUAAUGUCAUUCGCUUUGUUGUAACGAUCAAGUAUAAAGCUUGCGUACACUUGUUGUAUUGAGAUAUCGUCAAAUUCCGGUUUCAUCUGAGUAGUAUAAUCAUGGAUUUUUUCACUGAGUUUUCGUUGCUUCCCUUUGGCAGAAGUGGAAAGAAAGAGAUUUAUUUUUAAUUGGCGUGAUAGCGACGUAAUUCAAGAUGGGUGUAUUAUAAUAAAUCGUUGAAUCCUUGUUCUCUGGUUAAUGAGUGAAUUGAGAAGCUUUGAAAUCGUUGUCAGUCACUAAGGAAAUUAUUUUGUGAAUGGUAUUCGUAAAGUUUACGAAACCUGCGGAUGGUUUGGUUUUUGGUUAGGUUAUGGAAAAAGAACGAUAAAACCUGAUCGAGAAUGAUCGACUGCGAGCUAUGGCGACGUUGUAAUUUUUAUUAGCAGAUACACAUGCGUUAAUGUAGGAAUGAAAUUCCCUGUGUGUGUGUGUGUGUGUGUGUGUGUGUGGUUAUGUGUUCGAACGAGAGAAUGAGCGAAACGCGGCGAGAGUAGAGGAGAGAAUUAAAAUUAUUUUGUACUAUUUUUAAACGUAUCUAAUGUAUAGUGAUACAUGGAAAAAUGUACAAUAUAUACUAUGUACAAUGAGAACCGUCCGCAGGAUGAACUGAGAAUUCGCGGACGUCUCAAGUGUCCUGUUAUUUUCUACCUUAUCAGUUUACGUCUCGCACGAGCAUCUAUAUUUUUAGAUACAUAUGACAGUUAAGCAAGUUUGUAAAUUAUAUUAAGAAGAAUAGAAUAAAAGAUAUAAAAAAUAUUAAUGAUUGAUGUGUGCGGAAUUCCUGUCAGUGCAUUCGGUUUGUACGUGAUUAGACGAUUCAGUAAGA